AUGGGUUUAACCAUAUCCCGACAAAGUAAAACACCAUCUUUCUUCUCACCUAUCUCACAUGAUCUCUUGCUUGAGAUAGUCUCUAGAUUGUCAGUGGAAGACUUAGCGAGGUGCCGUUGCGUGUCGAAGCAAUGGGCUUCAGUUCUCAGACGUCGCCUCACCAACUCCUCGACUAGUCCUCGUCUCUUGUUCACCUUCCAUCUCAACGAUAAGUGGGUCUUCUUCUCGGCACCCCAACCUCAAAAUCCAGACCAGAACUCGUCUCUUUUAACUGCCGAAUAUCACAUGUGUUUCCCCACCAAAGAUUGUUCCUUUGGCAUUUGUCCACCUGUCUGCGGGCUGAUAUGUAAUAGAGAUAGGGGUUUCAUGGUAUGUAACCCUAGCACAGGAGAGUACAAAAGCUUACCCAAUCCAACAUGGAUGAAAGCUGAAUUGAGAACCUUUUUUGGGUUUGAUCCAGUCGCAAAACAAUACAAGGUAUUGUGCGUGCACUUUUGUAGAAACCCAAAACCCUCUAUUCAAAAAGCUAAGGUUCUAACAUUAGGUAUAGGUACACUGUCAUGGAGAAAGAUUUUAUGUUCCCGACCUUAUGAUUCUAUAGGGCGUUUUGGGAUUUGCAUAAGUGGAGUUUUGUAUUAUGGAGCUCUUAGGAGUAGGUUUCAAAAUUUCAUGAUAGUUUGCUUUGUCUUGAGCUCUGAGAAGUUCGAGUUUAUUAGUCCACCGCCUAUGAAGGAACUACUAUGGCAUACACAUCUGAUCAAUUACAAGGGUAAAUUAGGUGUGCUUGAUCCGAUGCUAGUUUUUGGAACAACUGAAAGUAUUGAGUUGUGGGUUUUAGAUGACGCCGAAGAAGGGAGAUGGUCGAGGCAUAUUUACAUAUUCCCGCCUAUUUGGAAGGAUUUAGUUGCGACAGAGGACAUAUUUCGUGUUGAUGGGAUGAAUUGUAAUGGUGACAUUGUGUUGUCUUCAUAUAGUCCAUCCGAUCGUUUCUACGUUUUGAUCUACAAUGUGGAAAGGAAUACAGUCACAAAAUUUACAAUCCAAGGGUUUGGAUCUCGUAAGGGUUCAGGGAUUUCAACUUUUAUAGACCAUAUAGAGAAUCUGAACCCUAUCCCUAUGUAA